AUGGCUAAACCAAUUAUCUUAAGACUUGGAAGUUUGACUUUUGCGCAACCGCAAUGGAAAGAAGUGGAGGAGAUUGCAGAUGUUAUCACUGUCGAUGAUUCAAUGACCAGGGAGCAAUUCUUGAAAGAAUUAAAGAAUCCUGAGAGUAAGUUAAGCAAAGUGAGUGUGAUUACCAGGACUGUUGGUAGUGCCUCGCAAACCGGUUUGUUUGAUGAAGAGAUUGCAAAGGCUUUACCUGACUCUGUCAUUGCAAUUUGUCACACAGGUGCAGGGUACGACCAAAUACAGGUACAGUAUUUCAAAGAAAGACACAUACAGGUUGCGAAUGUUCCUGAAAUUGUUAGUAAUGCCACUGCUGAUACUCAUGUUUUUUUACUACUUGGAGCCCUAAGGAAUUUUGCUUAUGGACACCAUAACAUUCUUGCAGGGAAAUGGCAAGAAGUUACUAGUGCAGCUGAGACACCUUUCGGUUAUGAUCCAGACGGCAAAACUGUUGCUAUUUUAGGUCUCGGGAGGAUAGGCAGAGCUAUAGUUGAUAGGUUAAAACCAUUUGGCUUCGGUAAAUUCAUCUAUCAUAAUAGACACAGACUACCAGAAGAUGAAGAAAAUGGUUGUGAAUACGUUGCCUCAAUAGAUGACUUUUAUCAGCAGGCAGACGUAAUCUCAAUUAAUAUUCCAUUGAAUACACAUACUAAGCACUUAGUUAAUAAAGAGGCCUUUGAUAAAAUGAAAGAAGGUGUUGUUAUUGUCAAUACUGCGAGAGGGCCAGUUGUAGAUGAAAAGGCUUUGAUUGCGGCUUUGAAAUCGGGUAAAGUUAGAGGUGCCGGAUUAGAUGUGUUCGAGGAUGAACCACAUAUACCAAAGGAAUUGUUGGAAUUGCCUCAAGUUCUUACAACUCCCCACAUGGGUACACACUCAGUUCAAACCAGAUGGAGAAUGGAGAAACUUGUCCUAGAUAAUGCCAUAUCUGCUUUGAAGACUGGAAAAGUUAUCACACCAGUCCCUGAAAUUCAAAAUGACAAUUGGAUUGAGGAGAUUCAACCCGUCAUCUAA